UGAAUGCAGGUUAAUGUAAGCUGCAGCACCGCUACUACUUUGCCGUAGCAUUUUUACGUCACACACAACUACAAGUUUACGGCACUGAUAGAGCAUGGAUGUAACAACAUGGCAGAAGCGGAGAGCUUAGCGGAAAACAAAGUGGAAACAGAACCGAAAGAGGAGUUGGUGCCGAAAAGAGGGAACCGCAAUUCCAUGGUUUGGCUUUGGUUUGGUUUUAAAAAGUCGGACACCGACCAGAAAACGGUAAUCUGCAAAACAUGUCGCCAACAAGUCGUUACGACCGACUCGAACACAUUCCACCGUCAGCUGUCCCCACAGCUGCUGCAGAUGAAUCAGAGCUCCCUGCAGUCAAGAAGGCAAAAAAGAGUUUGUCCAGCUACUUCAAGAAAGCAGCAGCACCCACAGACCAAGGCAUCUCCAAGCCAAGUAGAGCAUCCAUUGAACUGGAGCUCAACAUGUACCUGCAGGCAGCUGACCUGGAUGCAGAGAAAGAUCCUCUUGUAUGGUGGAGGCAGCAUGAGGUCAACUUCCCAUUAGUGGCAAAGCUUGCCAAAAAAUACCUAUGUGUCCCCGCAACUAGUUCUCCAUCUGAGCGGGUCUUCAGUGCUAGUGGGAACAUAGUUACAUGCAAGAGAUCAUGUCUCAAGCCUGAAAGAGUUGACCAGCUUGUCUUCCUAUAUCUCAACCUGUGAAACGUGAAACAAAAUGUAAAAAAAGCAACAAGUUA